AACUUGUUCUGCCUGUUCUCUAGGUGUCGAGUCUGCCGACUUCACAAAGUUCAGAAUUUGUACGCUGUGCACAGAUUUCUCUUAUUUUUAUUCCUUCAAAUGAAGCUUUAUGCCAAGUUACUGCUUUGCAGCAUAUGCGUCGCGUUCAUUGCGGUCCGAUGGAACGCUCCAUCAUUUAAUGAGGAGUCAUUAAAAGGUGCCCGGGUGCUGGUGACUGGUGCCAGUACUGGCAUUGGUGAGCAGCUGGCGUACCAUUAUGCCCGUUUAGGAGCUCAACUCGUAAUCACCGCGAGGAGAGGAAAUGUGCUAGAACAGGUUGUGAGCAAAUGCCGGGAAAUGGGGGCUCAAAAGGCUUUCUACGUCCCUGCGGACAUGGCGAGCCCCUCUGAUGCUGAUCUUGUGGUGAAGUACGCCAUUGAACAGCUUGGAGGACUGGAUUACCUGGUUCUGAACCACAUCGGGCCCAGUCCGUACCAAAUGUGGGAUGGAGAUGUUCAGCACACACGAUGGCUACUAGAGGUGAAUUUUCUCAGUUACCUACAGAUGGCUCAAAAAGCCUUGCCGACUCUAGAAAAAAGUAAAGGAUCGAUCGUUGUUGUUUCCUCCUUUCUAGGAAAAAUGUGUGGUCCCUUUGCUUUGCCGUAUGCCGCAACUAAGUUUGCACUCAACGGCUUCUUUGGAGGCCUUCAGAAUGAGCUAGCAAUGCAAAAAAGCAACGUGUCCAUAACCAUAUGCAUACUCGGCCUGAUUGACACGGAUAGUGCCAUGGAGAAAAUAAGAGGUUACAUCAACAUGACUGCCUACCCUGCACACGAAGCCGCCUUGCAGAUCAUCCAAGCUGGAGCAACUCGACAGUCGGAGUCCUUUUAUCCAUGGUACACCUUCUACGCAACUCUCUUCAGGGAUUGGUUCCCCAACUUAAGGGAUAAAAUGAUUCAAAACGCCUACACAUACAAUCCUUAAAUGGAUAUGGAAGCACUUACUGGAAACUGACAGCUCAAUGGGAAUCUGUGUGUGGAGAACAAUAUUAGUUUUUAGCACAUUCAUGAUGACACACCAAGAGCCAAGGGGAUGAGAGCCCUUCACCCAAGACCAAAACAUACUAUAUUCAUAUUAUAUUUGGAACCAUCAAAUAUAAUAUGAAGGUGAUUUAUAGUAGGCCUGCAGUACAUUAAAUUGCUGCUGUGAUGCUAAAAGAGUUUUAAUCAAACAUAUUGCACUUUGCUUGUUCGCAAUGUUCACAUUUUUGUCUGAAACUAUCAACAAACUCAAAUUAGUGUAUUUAUUCCGGAAUCAGAUUGUUUGCUUUGUGUUGGCAACUCAACAGGGUUGCCAGGAAUUGAGAUACUUUUAUCCUCUUGCCUCGGGUUGUAUUUUUAUUCUGCGGUUAAAUGUUUGGCAUAGGCCUCUUGCGUGACAUAUUGCGCUGAAAUGUUUCAGGAUUAUGAAACAGAGUAAACUUUUGUGAAGUGCA